GGCACCACGCGAUAGUCAAGUUUAUCGCCACCGCCGGCGGACUGGGGCGGAAGACACGCCGCCGGCAGUAGUUCGAAACCAUGCAGAAGGUGCUGAUCCUCGUCGCGCUCCUGGGCGUUGCUGCAGCGUUCAAGACCGCCAACAGUGGUUGCGGCUUCGAAUGCAAGGACGGAGAUUGCGUCGACCUAAACAAGCGGUGCAACGGCCGGGAUGACUGCAGUAACGGCAGAGACGAGGAAUCGGCGCUUUGUGACGCACUCCCCACGGUGGCACUGCCUGUCAACACCACCGUGACGGCGCGGGUGCAGCACGGGGCGCACUCUGGAGUGCUACUGCUCCUAUGCGGCAAGAGUUGCACCAAGGUGUGGCUGGUGGGGACCGGCGAAGAGGGGGAGCUGCGGCACUGGACGUGGAUGUGCGACGCCCAUGGAGGGAAAUGCUCGAAAGUCCAGUCGGCUUCCGUGACCACUGGCUUCGGGCACGGCGAGAUCGAGCUGGUGGUGCAGCACCGGGCCAACGAGCUGGCAGUGUGGCGGAAAGACCACCCGGCCGAUGUGGUGACCGCCGCCGUGGACCCCACCAAGAGCGCCAGCCGGCCCAGCACCCUGCGCAUCAGGCCGCACACUUGGGAGCAGGACAUGCCGGUGCAAUUCAGUGAUGCUACAGUUGCCUGAACUUAAUUGCUGCGUUUCAAGAGCGUGGUCUGCCCAGGAGAAACUCAAACAUCGACCCUGACACGGCGGGUGAAGACAAUGGAAGAAAGUAAAAAUGGAAAAUUUUAGAAGUAAAGAAUAAAUAAUCAUUGUACCCAGAAA